CUCAUAUGUUUUGUCGCUGUCGUGAAACGAUGAUCAUACGAUCGAUCUAACAUUAGAGAAACCCUCCAAAAUCUGAAAUAUUUCCAUAUCGUCUAUAUAAACACUCCUCUUCCUAUCGUUUUAUGCACACCCAUCGAACAAUAUACAACCCCACCCCACAGAAACCCUAAUAUCCAAUUCAUAUAUAGAAGAGGAGCUUUUUCUUUCCUUAAUCUUGACAUAAAAGUUUCCAUCUUUUUUAAACCCCGAUCCCCAAAUUAAACCUGUUGCAAAACAAUCUCAGAUCUUUGCUUUCGCAUUUUCAACCAAAGCAUUUCGAGUUCUUUAUCGAUACACACACACAUAUAUAUACAUACAUACAUAGGAUGGAGAGGAUAACGAAGAUGGUGAAGGAGAGACCAGUGGUGAUAUUCAGCAAGAGCUCGUGUUGCAUGUCUCACACCAUCAAGACCUUGCUCUGCGACUUUGGUGUGAACCCUGCGGUCCAAGAGCUGGACGAGGUCCCUAGAGGCCGAGAGAUAGAGCAGGCCCUCUCCCGUCUCGGCUGCAGCCCAUCCGUGCCGGCGGUCUUCAUCGGCGGCGAGUUUGUCGGAGGAGCCAAUGAGGUCAUGAGCCUUCACCUCAACCGCUCCUUGAUUCCCAUGCUCAAGCGUGCUGGUGCAUUAUGGCUUUGAAUCUUUUGGAACUAAUAUUAAUAAUUAUAUAUACAAGUAGUUUUGUUUUGAUGGAAUAAUUGAGUGAUUAUGUUGCUUAACCACGGUUAAGUGAGGAGAUCAAUUCGGGGGUAAUAAUUAAUUAACACGUGUGACAUGAUGAUGCGAUUUCGUACGUGUCGGAUCGAUAACCAUGUCCAUGUUGCUGUUGCUGUGAUCAGAUCGAUUCUCUCUCGGUUUUUUAUUUUUGGGAGUGAUGUAAUUUGUACGGAAUAUAUAUAUAAAUCUAUUCAACAGUCUUGCUUCA